UCUUGCUCGCUCUUCCUUUCGCGCCGGCAGCUCGUGAGAGACCCGCGCGUCCAUGUGCGCAUUGCCCGGGACUAACUUCACAGAUCGCCGAACCGACCGAAUCUCUUGCACGUUACGGCCACGGGAAUAAUGGACCCUAACGCCCUGAUCGAGGCCCUUCGGGGCACCAUGGACCCGAACCUGCGCGAGGCCGCGGAGAGACAGCUGAACGAGGGUCAUACCCAGGUGAACUUCAUGUCUACUCUGCUGCAGAUCACCAUGUCAGAUCAGCUGGACCUCCCAGUCAGACAAGCAGGUGUGAUCUACCUGAAGAACAUGGUGACGCAGCACUGGAGUGAGGGGGGGGAGGGGAGUGGAGAGCAGCAGCAGCAGCAGCAGCAGGUUAGCACCAUCCCCGAAGAGGACCGAACCUUCAUCAGAGACAACAUCAUCGAAGCCAUCAUACACUCCCCCGAGAGGAUCAGGGUGCAGUUGACUACGUGUAUUCACCACAUGAUUAAGAGUGACUACCCCGCUAAGUGGACGGCGGUGGUCGACAAGAUCGCCUUCUACCUCCAAUCAGACAACAGCAGCGGCUGGCUGGGAAUCCUCCUGUGUCUUUACCAACUAGUCAAGAACUACGAAUAUAAGAAGCCAGAGGAGAGAGCGCCCCUAGUGGCGGCCAUGCAGAUCUUCAUGCCGAUGUUGAAACAGCGUUUUAUUCAGCUGCUGCCGGACCAAUCGGGAGACUCCGUUCUCAUCCAGAAACAAAUCUUCAAGAUUCUAUACGCCGUCUUCCAGUACAACCUGCCGCUGGAGCUGAUCAACCGCCAGACUCUGACCGACUGGAUGGAAAUCCUGAAGACGGUUGUGGACCGAGACGUACCCCCUGAGACGCUGCAGGUGGAUGAGGAGGAGAGGCAGGAGCUGCCCUGGUGGAAAUGCAAGAAGUGGGCACUACACAUACUGGCCAGGCUGUUCGAGAGGUACGGUAGUCCCGGUAACACCACUAAGGAGUACGCCGAGUUCGCGGAGCUGUUCCUGAAGGGAUACGCCGUCGCAGCACAACAGGUCUUAUUGAAGGUCCUGUAUCAGUAUAAGGAGCAGCAGUAUGUGGCGCCGCGCGUCCUGCAGCAGACGGUGAAUUACAUCAACCAGGGAAUCGCCCACGCAGUCACAUGGAAACACCUGAAGCCACACAUCCAGGGCAUCAUCCAAGACGUGGUGUUUCCUCUCAUGUGCUACACUGACAGCGAUGAGGAACUUUGGCAGGAGGACCCUUAUGAAUACAUCAGGAUGAAGUUCGACGUGUUUGAAGACUUCAUCUCUCCGACUACUGCAGCACAGACGCUCCUCUUCACUGCCUGCAACAAGAGGAAAGAGGUUCUCCAGAAGACGAUGGGCUUCUGCUAUCAGAUCUUAACUGAUCCGGCUUCAGACCCGCGCAAGAAGGACGGAGCACUACACAUGAUCGGGUCCCUAGCAGAGAUACUGCUCAAGAAAAAGAUCUAUAAGGACCAGAUGGAGUUCAUGCUGCAGAAUCACGUCUUCCCGCUCUUCAGAUCGGACCUGGGGUACAUGAGGGCCCGGGCCUGCUGGGUGCUCCACUACUUCUGUGAGGUGAAGUUCAAGAGCGAUCAGAAUCUGCAGACUGCGUUGGAGUUGACGAGGCUUUGCCUGAUUAACGAUAACCAGAUGCCCGUUAAGGUGGAGGCGGCCAUCGCCCUGCAGGUGCUGAUAUCCAAUCAGGAGAAAGCUAAGGAGUACAUCACUCCCUUCAUCAGACCGGUGAUGCAGGCCUUACUUCACAUCGUCAGGGAAACCGAGACCGAUGACCUCACCAGCGUGAUCCAGAAGAUGAUCUGUGAAUACAGUGAAGAGGUGACACCCAUCGCCGUGGAGAUGACGCAACACCUAGCCAUGACCUUCAACCAGGUGAUCCAGACGGGCCCGGAUGAGGAGGGAGGGGACGACAAGGCCGUAACAGCCAUGGGAAUCCUCAACACCAUCGACACACUGCUGUCAGUAGUGGAGGAGCACAAGGAGAUCACGGCACAGCUGGAGGGCAUCUGUCUUCAGGUCAUCGGAACAGUUCUGCAGCAACACGUACUGGAGUUCUAUGAAGAGAUCCUGUCUCUGGCUCACUCCCUCACGUGUCAGCAAGUGUCGCCCCAGAUGUGGCAGCUGCUGCCGCUCGUAUUCGAGGUCUUCCAGCAGGACGGCUUUGACUACUUCACAGACAUGAUGCCUCUUCUCCACAACUAUGUUACCGUGGAUACCGACACGCUGCUCUCAGACACCAAAUACCUGGAGAUCAUCUACAGCAUGUGCAAGAAGAUCUUGACAGAUGAGGCUGGUGAGGAUCCCGAGUGUCACGCUGUGAAGCUGCUGGAGGUCAUUAUACUGCAGUGCAAAGGACGCGGCAUCGACCAGGUGGUUCCUCUGUUUGUGGCGUCUGCGUUGGAGCGUCUGACGCGUGAGGUGAAGACCAGCGAACUGAGAACCAUGUGCUUACAGGUUGCCAUAGCAGCGCUGUAUUACUCUCCUCCUCUGCUCCUCAACACUCUGGAGAAUCUCCGCCUCCCCAAUCAGACGCAGCCAAUCACAAACCACUUCAUCUGCCAGUGGCUCAAAGACGUCGACUGCUUCCUCGGGCUACACGACCGUAAGAUGUGUGUGUUGGGUUUGUGUGCGCUGAUGGAUCUUGAGCAGCGUCCGCAAGCCGUCUCGCAGUCGGCCAAUCAGCUGCUGCCGGCGGCCAUCUUGCUUUUUAACGGGCUGAAGAGGGCGUACGCCUGCAGAGCGGAGCACGAGAACGAGGAAGAGGACGGAGAGGAGGAAGAGGAGGACGAGGAAGGAGCUGAGCUGGGUUCUGAUGAAGAUGACAUCGAUGAGGAAGGGCAGGAGUAUCUGGAGCUGUUGGCCAAGCAGGCGGGUGAGGACGGCGACGAUGACGACUGGGAGGAAGACGACGCUGAGGAGACGGCACUCGAGGGAUACACGACGUUGGUGGACGACGAAGACAACAACGUGGACGAAUACCAGAUAUUUAAAGCCAUCUUACAGAGCCUCCAGACACGAGACCCAGCGUGGUACCAGGCCCUGACAGCCGUUCUUGACGAGGAGCAAACUAAAUCACUACAAGACGUCAUCACACUCGCAGAUCAGCGACGCGCAGCACACGAGUCCCGUAUGAUCGAGAAACAUGGUGGCUACAAGUUCAACGUUCCCGUCGUUUGUCCUUCAAACUUCAACUUUGGAGGCGCCGCCCCUCCCCCCCUCUAACUCCGCCCCCCAAGAACCCUAAUGGACAGAUCUCUCCCCUCCCCCCUCUAACACACACACACACACUAGAUACACACAAAUGCAUACAUACACGCACACACAUGCGCACACACACGCACGCAUUAGAUGCACACACAUGCACACACACACACACACACACACACACACACACACACACACACACACACACACACACCCCUCUACUGGACUCUAACUCUGAUGGUUGUAGUGAAGCUGAAGCUCUUGAUGAUCCGAUUGGACCACACCUGACCACGCCCCCAAAAGACACCUGACCACGCCCCCCAAACACCUGAUCACGCACCCAAUAGACAAAGACUCUCCUCCCCCCGGACAUUCUCACACACACACACACAGAUUUGUACUCACACAGAUUCUAAUAAACACACACAGAAACGGCUGGGAAAGACUAAAGGGCAUACACACACACACACACACACACACACACACACCCUCCCUCCGUCAUCCUUCUGGUCAAGGCUGUCCUGUGCAGCCCAGCUCUCUGAUUCCCAUGGCAACGGACGUCUCCAUACACCCCCCUCCAUCAUCUGGUUCCCAUGGCAACGUGCAGCACCCCCCGCACAGGACGCCACACAGGAAACACCAACCGGUUUCCAUGACAACAAAUGAACCAACCAACCUCCCCCCCCUCUCUCCUCUCCUCUCCUCUCCUC